AUUCUUUAUCUACAACACAAACAUAGAGAUAGAAGAAAAUGAAGAGAAAAGUGAGUCUGAUUGCUUUGUUCCUGGUUCUCUCUUUCGUGGUUUCGUCUUAUGCAGCUCCAACUCAGCCAGACCAAAUCCGCAAAGUUUGUAAGAAAUCCUGCAAAAUUUUGUAA